AUGGGUGCCUCAGAGCAAAUCGACCUCAGAGCGCCUUUCGUCAGCGACACUCUUUUAGAGGUCCGGACAAGCACCAUGAAGAAGAUGCCGGGGUUAGAGAUCGAAUCGGGAAUAGACAAGAAUCUGCGCAAUGGACCCAUUCGAGUCUCGUUCCUCGGCCUUGAGGAUGACGAGCACGACCCGACCUUUCACGGAGGUGUUGACAAGGCGAUCCACGGAUCCGCGGAUCGCUUCCAGCCGGGCGGCUUUGGCGAAAACUUCGUCACUAAGCACAUGAACGAGCGCAAUGUCUGCAUUGGCGAUGUCAUUGCCGUCGGCGACGAGGUCGUGCUCCAAGUCAGCUUGCCUCGACAGCCUUGCUUCAAGCUCAACCACCGCUUCCAACUCAAGAACUUCGCCCCGAACACCUACAGGACGAGCAGGACUGGCUGGUACUACCGUGUUCUAAAGGAGGGCACCGUCAAGGCCGGCGACGAGAUUAAGCUUAUCGAGCGCAAGUGGCCAGCAUGGACCAUUGAGAGGGUGCAGGAGUUCCUGCAUAGAGACCAGAGCAACUUGCAGAUGAACGAAGAGCUGGCGCAAAUUGAAGAGAUGGGAAAGGAGAGUCGUGGCGCGUUCCAACGGCGAGUAGCCAAAGCGAAGGCCCAGGCGAAAAAGACGAAGGAAAAGGGUGAAGAAUGGCGCGACUACAAAAUUGUCGAGAAGAAGAGGGAAACAUCUCGGGUUUCUUCAUUCAAUUUGGAAUCUGUCAGUGGCGAUGCUCAACCCGAGGUCGACAUGGAAGGCGCCCAUACGAAGAUCAAGCUUCCCAACGGACUGCUACGAUCCUACUCCAUCGUCUCUGGUGAACCCAAAAGAUUCGAACUGGGCAUCGCGCUCGAAGCUAAUGGCCGCGGAGGCUCUCGUUGGUUUCAUGAAUCUGCCAAUGUUGGCGACAUCGUCAAGGUCGGUCGGAUCACUACAGAUGUGAAGGUUGCGAGUGCGUCUAGCAACCACGUCUUCAUCGUCGGCGGGAUCGGCAUUACUGCCUUCAUGGCGCUCAUGGAGGCCUACCACAAAGUCCACUACAAUUUUGAGUUACACUACGGCAUCCGCUCGGCCGACGAUGUGCCAUUCCUCUCGCGCCUUGAGUCCUUUGGUAAGAGCGCCCGCAUCUAUGAUGGUUCCAAAGGAGAAAGAAUGGAUAUCGGCGAGAUCAUGGGGACUCUCAAGUGGAACAGCCACGUCUAUGUCUGCGGACCGACACGUAUGAUGGAGGCGGCGAAGAAGGCGGCGGAAGAAAGUGGCCUUGAUGCCACUGAUGUCCACUACGAGGCUUUUGCUGCUGAUACGACUGGCGAUCCAUUCGAGGUGGAGGUAUCAAAUCGAGACGGCAAGGUUCUCAAAGUAAGCGAAGAGGAAACACUUCUGGAGGUAAUAAAGCGUGACAUCGGCGACUUGGAAAGUAGCUGUGAGGUCGGAAAUUGCGGAACGUGCAAGGUAGUGUUGAAGUCUGGUCGGGUCGACCACAGGGGCACAGCUUUAUCUCCUGAAGAGAAGGCAGGAUCGAUGCUGAGCUGCUGGAUUGAGAUUUUUAGAAGCUGCUAUGCUUGCAUUCUCCGUAGAGAACACGACAAGAUAUCGUUGACGUUGCUCGGCCCGCCCGCUAUCGCCAAAAUGCCAUCAACCGAGUCUCAAGGAGACGGCUUCGUCCUCCUCCCCGUCAAGAUUCCCGCUCUUCCGUCUUGUCCGGUCAACGCCGUACACGAAAUCCGCGUUCGACGAAACGCGCCCAAGAUCCCUACCGAGAUCGACGAUCGAAGCCUGUUCUUGAAGAAUGUACCAGUAGACAGCACCGAGGCCCAUUUUCGCCAAGUGUUUGCCGCUCUGGUUGGACCCGGCCGCUUCGAGGGCAUCGCAUUCGAAGAUGAGCGAAAAGCUGCGACCGCCAUUGACCCAGCCCAGGCCGUGAAAGUCUCGAACUUUGGCAAGAAGCGCAAGCGCGGCGAGCAGGAAGCGGAGGAAAGAGCGAAGGAGGAAGAAGUGGCACGGCUGCCGGAUAUUUGGACGAGGAGGCUUCGAAAGAGUGGCAGCAGCGCCAUCGUCCUUUUGGCCGAUGACAAGAGUGUCGAGCUCGUGUUGAAGGCGAUCAAGAAGGCGAACAAGUCGAAGAAGUAUCCCGUCUGGGGCGAGGGCGUGUCGGAAGACCUACCUGAGCUCGGAUCGCAAUGGAUCUCGACCCAUCUGCAACUCUCUCGCUGCGACAAGGUGGCGACACAGAAGUCAGUUCACGCAUUCUUCAACGUCUUCAACCGCAAGGAGAAGGAGGCACAGGAAAUGGCCAAGAGGUUACGCAACGAGCCGGACGAAGAUGGCUUCGUUACGGUUACUCGCGGCGGCCGUGCUGCUCCGGCAAGCAAGAACGAGGCCGAGGAGGCUCGACAGAAGAUGGUGGACAAGGCAGCCAAGAAGAAGUCGGAGACAACCGACUUCUACCGCUUCCAGAUGCGCGAGCGUCGCAAAGCGGAGCAGGCUGCCCUGAUGCAGAGAUUUGAUGAGGACCGAAAGAAGGUCGACGCUAUGAGGGAGAAGCGCGGCAAGUUCAGGCCCGAGACAUGA